ACAGCCCUGUCAGGUUUAAUUCCACUUCCGCUCGCUCCAUGCUCUCUCCCUCAGUGUCCAGGGGAACAGUUAUAAGCUCGGCUGCUUUAGGAGUCGUGUUCAUAACCGCUUAUUACAUCCGUAAACACCGAAUCAGAAGCUUGAGUAUGAGUAACUUUAAGAGUCACGUCGGGGGGAAGGACGACCCUGUCAUGCAGUACAUCCUCAGCCACUCUCUGAGAGAACAUCCGGCUCUGAAGAAGCUCAGACUCGUAACCAUGGAGCACAAGUGGAACGGUAUGAUGGUGGCGUGUGAGCAGUCUCAGUUCAUGGCAAACCUGGCGAGACUCAUCAACACCAAGAAGGCCAUCGAGAUCGGUGUGUAUACGGGCUAUAACACCCUGAGCAUCGCUCUGACGUUACCUGACGACGGGAAAGUGAUUGCGUGUGACGUGAGUGAAGAGUACGCCAACAUCGGCAAACCCUUCUGGAAGGAGGCUGGAGUCGAGCAGAAGAUUGACCUGCGCCUGCAGCCGGCACUCAAAACUCUAGACGAUCUCCUGGCUGCAGGCGAGGCCGAGACUUUUGACUUUGUGUUUAUUGACGCUGAUAAGGUGAACUACGACAAUUACUAUGAGAAAUCUCUGCAGCUGGUGAGAAAAGGAGGAAUCAUCGCCAUCGACAACGUGCUGUGGAGCGGGAGGGUGGUGAGUCCUAAGGACGGGGACGUGGACACACAGAGCAUCGCCGCUCUCAACAAGAAGCUGCACAGAGACGUGCGCGUGGGCCUGAGCAUGCUGACGGUCGGGGACGGACUCACACUCGCCUUUAAACUGUAAAACACUGCAGCUCCACCAAGGGGCGCACGCUAACCUGAUGUGUGUGUGUGUGUGUGUGUGUGUGUGUGUGUGUCCUGCUCAAACGCUCUGAUACAAGGUCCUCAGAGAAGCGGCGCGCUCCUCCUCAGGAUGAACGCGGUGUGUGAGGCUCAGACUCUCACCCCGGGGCAGAUACUCUACAGAUUCAGCUCACUUUUACCCCUCACACAAUCAGUCAUGCAGUGUGAGCAGGGCGUGUCCCAGCACAUGAUUAAAGGUCCCAUAUUUUACUAUUUUAUUAACUAAGCGAACACGCGUCUCAAAGCUUUUCCUGUGUGUGUGUGUGUUAGCCCCAGUUGAAAUAGAUACUCCCUGUAUUUCACUCCUCGUCCGAACUUCGGUUUCAGUGUCAAUAGAAAUUAGGUCCUGUUAGCCACGCCCCUUUAAAAGUUCUUAUAUGGGCUUGAUAGGAGGGGCUAUUCUUUUAUGAGGUCACAUUUAAUAAGCUUGUUCAAGCCUCGGCCAGGAGGGAAUGUGUUUUCCCCACGUUUUUUUUAUUGUUUGUUUGUACACACACACACUCUGGAGACACCUAAAUUCUGCACAACAGAUGUUCUUUAAUUACUAAAACAAACCUGUGAUGUGGCUCCCAGAUGAUUCAAAGUCUUCACCAGGUUCCCCUGUGUCUUCUCAACCAUUUUCAACUCCAUGUUUAGUUUUUUUUUCUUCAUUUUUAUAAAAACAUUCCUAUACAAUUUAAAAUCACUGCGAAUGACUUUAUGUUUAGACAGGACCCUGAACAGAUUUAUUCACUGAAAAUUUAUAUAAUGUUUAAUUCAAACAAGAUCAUCAUGGAUUAAUGGUGAAUCAGGGCUGCAGCGGCUCACGGCUUCUCCUGGGCAAAAGUCUGUAGCACUUCGUUUUUAUCUCAUACGGUUUUAAAGAUACGAAUGUGAGUUUCAUACAAAAUUUCUAUAAUUUCUAUCAAAAUUAAUUCAUUUUAUUUGUAAAGCGCUUUUAACAAUUGUCGCAAAGCAGCUUUACCCAAUCAAAAGUUUUAUCAUUUUAUUUGUAAGUUGUACAUUUUUUAUGAUUGUUUUUUGAAUAUACUGCCUGUGAUUCCAGUGUGUGAGUGGAGGAGGCUUUAAACUUCAAAGCCAGCAGCCCUCCUGUGAUUAUUGAACUGAUCUCAGGGGGAUUGUAGAGAUUCUGGUUCUUGGAUUGUUUGAGACGACGUUUUUAAUGUGUGUAAUUCAAAACCUGAGUGCAGGAUGGAAAGUUUUCCAAAGUGGACCAAAAAACAAUCGCACUAGGAGCCCCCCCCCCAAUUCAUUUAUUCCAGGGCAGGAAAUCAUCCCGCCUUGACACACUCAUGCCCCAGUACAUCAUGAUGCCUCAUCAUCACUCAGUUCUAACACACCAUGUGGUGCCACGCCCAGCACCACUGCACCAUGGUGAGAUGUCCCGCCCUGAUGGCCCCGCCCUCUCCUGAUAAUGAGCACUGAGGUUCUUGUUCUCAUGUGCGUGUUCGAGCAGAUGUGUGUGUGUGUGUGUGUGUGUGUGUGUGGAAGGUUAGCGUGCAGUAGGCCGAGUGCCACACCGCUGUGCCUCUGAUCAUCAGCUGGGUUUAAUGUUACACGACGAAGACGUAAUGCUAACGAAUCACAUUUUAUAGAUCAUCAAUCAGUAUAUAGGCCUUAAAGAUAAUGAUUUAAAAACAGGCUAGCAGGUUAGCGCUGUGUAAAAGUGUGUAGGUCAUUAAAUGUCACACACACAACCACAUUAAAGACUGUUUACAUCA